AUGAAGAUGACAUGGCUUAUGGAGGGCUGUGUCAAUGGCCAUGCGUUCACCAUCGAAGGAGAAGGCACCGGCAAACCUUACGAGUAAGUUUAUCUGAAAUAACGAUCAACCUGUAACUUCUCCUUUUGCGCGGAUGCAUUGCUGGUCUAACCAAAGAAAAUUUGGUUAUUUCAGUUAUGUUUCCUGCGGCCGUUUGCGUCAUCUGCCAAUGGCUGUCGUGGAAAAAGGGGUUUAUAUAUCAAAGCUCCAUAUAGUAACUCGUCCAGAGGUCAUUGUACGCAAGUCACUUAUGUGAUGAAAACGUGCCAAAAUAGUCAUAUGCUAGUGAUUUCUUUAAUGAAAGACAACCAUAUCGAAAAUCCUCUUCAUCUGAAUAUUUCAGAGGCAAACAAACGGGGACAUUCCGUGUUACAAAGGGCGGACCCCUUCCAUUUGCCGUUGACAUAGUGGCAUCGACCUUGAUGUAUGGAUUCAAAUGUUUUAUUAAGUACCCUGCUGAUAUUACUGAUUAUUUCAAGAAAGCAUUUCCCGAGGGUCUGACUUACGACAGGAAAUUAACAUUUGAAGAUGGUGGGUGUGCCACGGCCACUGUGGAAAUGAGGUGAGUAAUUCCUUACAAUUUAACUGUCAAUCAGCUUUUUAACUUGGAAAUUGCACAAAGAUCUUCGAGUUACAUCUGUAAAUGAUCCAAAGCAAAAAUCGUUUAAAUUUUCUUGCAUAUUCUGCAACACUAAACAAAGAUUUGCGCUUGAUGUGAAAAAGUGAAAAUUCACGACGGAUUUCCAAAAUGAAUAAAAUCAUGGAAGCCGCAAAAGUGCAUUAAUACAGCGACAACCGCUUGCUUUUCAAAACUAAUUAGGCAACACUCAGUUUGUACAAAUUGACCUAAUUUUUUUUUUUACAUUCGUCACUUUUUCCUUUCAGGCUUAUUUUUGUCUUCUAACAUAGUAAUCUAACCUGUUGAUUUAGAGGUUUUUAUUCCAUUAAAAUCUUGUUACCUCUAAGGUGGACUCAAAAUGUAUGUUUUAUUCAUUCUGCGUUCUGAAAUGCUUCCUACUUUGACAGCCUCAAAGGUAACACUCUUGAGCACAAGACCAAUUUCCAAGGAGGCAACUUUCCCAUCGACGGGCCUGUCAUGCAAAACAGGACGCUUGGCUGGGAACCAACCUCGGAGAAAAUGACUCCUUGUGAUGGCUUAAUCAAGGGAGAUUCUACCACGUACCUUUUGGUCGAAGGAGGGAAAAUGCUGAAAUGUCGAUAUGAAAACAAUUACAGGUAAUUACGUUGGCUUCGACUGCUGCGUACAGACAUGUAAACAUAUAUUCAGAAGCAGUUCAUCCGACUGUUUACAGUCACCUCCGAGGUUUGCACGUUUCUUCAUUCGCCAAAUUUGCUUAAAUUUCCGAAUUUUGGGAUCAUAACUUUUCAACAGCAUCGGAUUACAUAACUGCAAAGCAGGAUAAAGGUCCAUUUGUGGACAUAUCUCUGAAUUUAUUUUGAUCGCUUAUGAUCAUAAUUACAACUCGAACGCACUGUUCGGAAACUAUCUUCAUCUUUGUGGUUACCAGGGCGUCGAAUUAGAUGACUCAAUAUCUAUACUUCCUAUUUCAGUGAUAAAUCACGCAUCAUUCUUGAUUUUUUUUCCUCCAGAGCCAAGAAGGUGAUACACGAGAUGCCACCGAGCCAUUUUGUGGAUCUCCGCCUUGUGAGAACCAACCUUGAUAAAGAAGGUUUGAAGUUUCAACUGGAAGAACAUGCCGUGGCAAGAGUCCUCGAAGUUUGAGGAUUACUGGGGAGUCUCUGUCAUUGUUAGUCUCUUUGCACAACAACAUGAGGUGAAUAAAGAAGAGCGAACCUCAAAUGUACGCCGGUUUUAC